CAGGGAGCAGCCGGAGGCUCGGCGGCGGCGGCGGCGUCUGGCCCCGGCUCCUCCUCCUCCUCCUUCCAUCUCCUGCUCUUCGGUCCCUCCAUCUGCCGUGGUUAUGGCCCGUCGCUGGAGCACAAAAGAGUCUCCGUGGUGGAGGUCUGCGUUGGUCUUGCUUUUCUUCGCUGGGGUGUACGCUUGUGGAGAGACUCCAGAACAAAUUCGAGCACCAAGUGGUAUAAUCACGAGCCCAGGCUGGCCCUCUGAAUAUCCUGCCAAAAUCAACUGUAGCUGGUUCAUCAGGGCAAAGCCAGGGGAAAUCAUUACUAUAAGUUUUCAGGAUUUUGAUAUUCAGGGGUCCAGAAGAUGCAGUUUGGACUGGUUGACGAUAGAAACAUACAAGAAUAUUGAAAGUUACAGAGCUUGUGGUUCCACAAUUCCACCACCAUAUAUCUCAUCGCAAGAUCACGUCUGGAUCAGGUUCCAUUCAGAUGACAGCAUAUCUAGAAAGGGUUUCAGACUGGCAUAUUUUUCAGGGAAAUCUGAGGAACCAAACUGUGCUUGUGAUCAGUUUCGUUGUGGUAAUGGAAAGUGUAUACCAGAAGCCUGGAAAUGUAAUAACAUGGAUGAAUGUGGAGAUAGUUCCGAUGAGGAAAUCUGUGCCAAAGAUGCUAAUCCUCCAACAGCUGCUGCGUUUCAACCCUGUGCUUACAACCAGUUCCAAUGUCUGUCUCGGUUUACCAAAGUUUACACUUGCCUCCCUGAAUCUUUAAAAUGUGAUGGAAACAUUGACUGCCUUGAUCUAGGAGAUGAGAUCGACUGUGAUGUGCCCACUUGUGGGCAGUGGUUAAAGUAUUUUUAUGGUACUUUUAAUUCCCCUAAUUAUCCAGACUUUUAUCCCCCUGGAAGCAAUUGCACCUGGCUGAUAGACACUGGCGAUCAUCGUAAAGUCAUUUUGCGCUUCACUGACUUCAAACUGGACGGCACUGGUUACGGUGAUUAUGUCAAAAUCUACGAUGGAUUGGAGGAGAACCCACACAAGCUUCUGCGUGUGUUAACUGCUUUUGAUUCACAUGCACCUCUUUCAGUUGUGUCUUCCUCUGGACAGAUAAGGGUACAUUUUUGUGCAGAUAAAGUGAAUGCUGCAAGAGGGUUUAAUGCUACUUACCAAGUGGAUGGCUUCUGCUUACCUUGGGAAAUACCCUGCGGGGGUAACUGGGGUUGUUACACGGAGCAGCAACGCUGUGAUGGGUAUUGGCAUUGCCCAAAUGGAAGGGAUGAAAUCAAUUGUACCAUGUGCCAAAAGGAAGAAUUUCCAUGUUCCCGAAAUGGUGUCUGUUAUCCUCGUUCUGAUCGCUGCAACUACCAGAAUCAUUGCCCAAAUGGCUCAGAUGAAAAAAACUGCUUUUUUUGCCAGCCAGGAAAUUUUCACUGUAAAAACAAUCGUUGUGUGUUUGAAAGCUGGGUGUGUGAUUCCCAAGAUGACUGUGGUGAUGGCAGUGAUGAGGAGAAUUGCCCGGUCAUUGUGCCUACCAGAGUCAUCACUGCAGCUGUCAUAGGGAGCCUCAUCUGUGGCCUGCUACUCGUCAUUGCGUUGGGAUGUACUUGUAAACUUUAUUCCCUAAGAAUGUUUGAACGAAGAUCAUUUGAAACACAGUUGUCAAGAGUAGAAGCGGAAUUGCUGAGAAGAGAAGCUCCUCCCUCUUAUGGACAAUUGAUUGCUCAGGGUUUAAUUCCACCAGUUGAAGAUUUUCCUGUCUGUUCACCUAAUCAGGCUUCUGUUUUGGAAAACCUGAGGCUAGCUGUACGAUCUCAGCUUGGAUUUACUUCAAUUAGGCUUCCAAUGGCAGGCAGAUCCAGCAACAUCUGGAAUCGUAUUUUUAAUUUUGCAAGAUCACGUCACUCAGGGUCACUGGCGUUGGUAUCAGCAGACGGAGAUGAGGUUGUCUCUAGUCAGAAUACAAGCAGAGAACCUGAACGAAGUAGUACUCACCGGAACCUGUUUUCCGUGGAGUCUGAUGACACAGACACAGAAAACGAACGAAGAGAUACCGCAGGAGCAUCUGGUGGGGUUGCAGCACCUCUGCCCCAGAAAGUCCCACCCACAACAGCAGUUGAGGCAACAGUGGGCGCAUGUGGAAGCUCUUCAACCCAGACUACCCGCAGUGGUAAUACAGAUAACGGAAGGGAUGUGACAAACGUGGAACCCCCAAGUGUAAGUCCAGCACGUCACCAACUCACAAGUGCACUAAGUCGUAUGACUCAGGGGCUCCGCUGGGUACGGUUUACUUUAGGACGAGCAAGCUCUGUGAAUCAGAACCAAAGUCCUUUGAGACAACUUGAUAAUGGGGUAAAUGGAAGAGAGGAAGAUGAUGAUGUUGAAAUGCUAAUUCCAAUUUCUGAUGGAGCUUCAGACUUUGAUGCGAAUGACUCCUCCAGACCUCUUCUUGAUCUUGCCUCAGAUCAAGGACCAGGGUUUAGACAACCAUUUAAUGCAACAAACUCCGGAGUUAGACCAAGUAACCGAGAUGGCCCUUGUGAGCAUUGUGGUAUCGUCCACACUGCCCAGAUACCGGACACAUGCUUAGAAGUAACACUAAAAAAUGAAACAAGUGAUGAUGAAGCAUUGUUACUUUGUUAGGGAUGAAUCAAAUAACAGAUUGUAUACAAGUCGGAGCAAUAUCCAUUGUUUUGUAACUUUACAAUGAAAACUGGUUUUCAUUUGAAAAGAAAAAGAUGCAGGAUGAUUUCUUAUUUGGAUGUGUUAGCCUGCAUGGUUAAAUUAAGUACUCCUUGUAACUCUAUAAACUUUUAGAGUUUACUAUUUUAGCAGCUACAAAUACAUUAUGUAUCCAUAUUGUUCAUUGAUGUUCUUCCAUCUGUUUUCAAUUGUUUUUAUCUUGGUACUGUAGCCCACAGUAGAAAGAUGGCUGCUGAAACUCAUUUGACUGUCAGUUUAUCUGUCUUAUGUUAAAAGGUUUGUACAAAAUAUCUUCUUUUCAUUGAAUCCUUUAUGCAUUUGCCAACACAUCUUGAGAUAAACUACUAGAUGUUAAGGUUGUUAAUGUAAAAAAAAAAAAAUCCUUAUACUCACCUAUGUUUUUAUUUAUAUAACAUUUGUCUAAAUAUUAUUGGAUUUCCUCAUAAUAUGAGCUUGUCAAAGGAAGAAAAUAAUCUUUCUCUAAAUAUUUUUCUCUUAUGUUUAACAUGCAGUGAUGUGAAAUUUAGAUAGUUAGAUAAAUUAUUGGCAAAAAUGAAACUCUUUUAUAGAUUUUCUAAUAUUGACUUUAAUACUCUAAUAUGGUACAUACCAAAUGGUAAAAUCCCAAGUCAUUUCUGUUUUUUCCAUCUCUACUUAGGGACAGAGUUAAGUGGAUGAAGAUACUCUACUAUGCAUUAAUCUUGAACUUUAUAAAAUAUGUACAAAAAUUGUACAAGAGAAUUUCCAACUGGUAAUGUUUCCCUGAGAGAGGGCUAUGCUUGUAUGAGACCCUAGGGAUUUGCACUAAAAUCUUAUCAAGAUCUCAGAUAAGUUUAGUGCACAAGCACUAUCACUUUAAAUACUAUUAUUUGCUACACAAUAACUAUAUAUUUCCAUAGGUUUUUGAUUUUUUUUAGUGAGAAGGAUGCAUUUUUAUUACAACUUUAAAUUACUUUGCUGGUUUCAUAUUUAUUUAUAAAGACUGCAUUAUUGCAAGAAAGUAAUUUUUUUCAACAGUUUUAUUCAUUGGAGGGCUAAUUAAUGUUGGAGAAAAACAAAUCAAGAAACCAUUCAGAUCACUCCCCCCCUUUUUUUAAGUAGAGUUAAUUGCAAAACCCUGCAUAUUUUUUGUAUUGUCAAUUCCUAUUUAUUUAUUCUGUAGUUGUCUGUUUUAGUAGCCUAAUGAUUGAAUACGAAAAUGUAUUUGUGUGUGAUUAUUGCUAUUUAUUAAAUUUUAAAUACUUUGCUGAAUGUCAUUUUAAAGCAUGUUUGAGGUCUUGUGUAUUUGUUGUGUUAUGCUGUCAGGAAGACUGACUAAAAUGUUUUAAUAUGUAUCAAAAAUUAAAAUGACUUUUUUAUAUUGCCUUGAGGUACUUUUUAAGUCA